UUGCCGGUUUCCGGAGCCUUUUGACGUGAUCCGACUGGCGCAUGCACAUCAGUUUUCAGGACUUCACCGGACGCAGGAAAUCGAUUCGCUUGUUUUUGGAAGUUGGGUUUUUAGUUCACAGGUUGUUAAUUUAACGCCGCACGUCUGUUAUUUUACGGUGUUUUGUCGCGCUUGUCCUCGCGGUAGCUAACGUUAGCCGCGUUAGCCUGGCGCGGGUCGUGGCCUGAGAUUUACAAGAUGUCAAGACCACGGUCUCCUCACUACAGGAGGUUUCCAUGGGAGGAAGCCAGCUUUGAUUCUCAUAAAGUGAUUGCAGGCCUGGGCGGGAAUCCACAGGACAGAAGUCACCGGCCCAGACACAAACCCGAAGAACACUGGGACUGUGUGAGGGAGGACCUGUACCCAGAGUCCCAGAGAAGAUCACCCCCUCUACGAGACGACCGCAAGCUCGGACACCAGCGACGUCCAGACAAGGACGAGUUCUACCAAAGGGCAACGCCGUCACCUCAUUAUGAAGGGACGAGUUUUGACGAGCGGAGGCUUCCCCCGCUGAGAAACGCUGCAGGAGACGGAGACAAAUGCAGAGAGCAAUUGUGGUUGGUUAGGGAAAGACUGCCACAGGCGCCGAGGUCUCACUCUGACCAUCAACACAGAGAAGCAGGGAGGAACUGGAGCGAGGAGCAGGGCCGAGGUCAAGGCAAGUUCAGGGACCUCAGUCCAGCGGUGAGAGGAGAUGACCUUAGGGGAGCAGGUAGGGAACGAGGUAGGAGGAAUGCACAGUGUCCCAACAGAGACCGACGAAGGGAGGAGCCACAUCAAGAGAGGAGCCCCGCCUUUAAGAAGCAAAGAAGAGAAACGGACGACACCAACAAUCACCUGGGGUACAGGAAUGAGGAGGGCUUUCGGGAUCAGCAUUACUCCGUCGACAUGUCCAGAGAUAGGUUUGGAGGAGACACUCACACAAGCAUGCAGCCUGUGAGGCCACUGAUCAUUGAACAUGAUCACGGUAUUGUAGAGAGCAGGAAAUCACCACAGUGGGAACAGUUGGAUGAUCGCAGCAAUCUCAAUUUCAAUCGUCAAAGGGGUCCUCGUCCACUCCUGUCCUUACCGCAGCGUCUUAAGAUGCCAGACAACCGCUCGGGUGAUCGAGAAGACGUGCGAGGACGCAAUUUUCAAGAAACCUGGAGAGAAUCCAAUCAUCUUGAGUCAAGGAGGAGCCCUGCGUUGAAUGAUAGAGCCAACGCCCUGGGACAUGAGAAACGUGAUGGGUCUUUGAGCCACAGGUGGAGGGGAUUAUCUCAACCUCUAAGAGGGAACUUGAACCGUGGACAAGAUGCAAGGACAACACCGCCACUCAGAAACCAACCACGUUCACAGAAAUUGCCCCAGGGAUUCCAAGGUCUUCCCCGUGAAGAGCAAAGACCAGGGUACAGAGCAAUCAGAGAAGAUGGUUACGAUGAUCCCAUCGCAGUGGAGCAAGACCACACAGCAGUAGUCUGGCAACAUGACAGACCCAGAAGUCUGGACCAACACUUUCAGAGGGAUGAUCUGGAUCCUAAAAUGCCCCGUGGAUGGUCUGAGAAGAGAAGCAACAGCAGCAACAUGGCCUCUGCUAACGAGGAAACCUUGACCAUCAAAGUGGACAUGAGCCGACCUGUGAAGCAGAACAGCUCGCUGCUGUACUCUUCAGACAGGCAGCUCUCGUUGGACCUGGUCAACGUGGGUCGCCAGCGUCUGGACUUCCUGCCCAUGUUGGAACAUUCGGGGACGUACAGAGAGACGGCCACGCACACAGGGACGUUUGCCCAGGAGAUCAUCACGCUGGUGCACCAUGUCAAAGAACAUUACUUCAGAGGCGACGACAUCACUCUGAACGAGCGUUUCUCGGCUCCUCAGAAAGGCGGCUAUGCUGAAGAAGAGACAAUGGAGCUGACACUGGACGAGAGGUUCAGUUCAAACCGAGGUUUCAGCCUCAACAUCGACUCUCUGCUUGAUGAGGAGGAGGAGGAGGAGCCUCUCUUCUCCAGACUGGGAUCAGUGCAGGGUUUGAACCAGCAGCCUGUGCGUGGCCCCGGGGACUUGAGGCACGACCUGGAGAGGAGGAGGCAGGAGAGACUGGAGGGGGUGAAGGUCACGAUACCAGGGGGCAGCAUGUCACAGCGCCUCCAUGGGCCUGUCAGUGAAGCAGCUGUGCAGUACAGUGAUGACAUGUCUCCACUGGAAGACGAUGACGGUUUCUCCUCAUGGUCUGAGGAGCAGAGCAGGAGACCAGAGGGAAAGACUGUGAGCAUAAUCCUCGUAGAUGGAGAUGAGGUAGCCUCGAUAUUGCCUCUCCUGGUGCGGGCCUCACGGAUGAUUUUCUCCUUCACCUGGUACCUGUGCAGCCAGAUGAUAACGGGUCUCGGUCUCUGUCCAGGCUUCGGCUUGUUGGAAAGCGUCUGGUGGGCUCUGUCGCACUCCGGCGGUGACUCCAGGAAACCCUCGCCAAAAACCUCCAUAAGCAUUUCUGCGAAAAAGGCUCAGAGACGAGGAGGACUUUUCUACAGACAGAACACAGGUUUCCAGCGCAGGAACAAUCGAAGCGGGAACCGCUUUGGACCGGUGAGGCGACAGAGCAACAACCGUAACAUUAACACAGGUCCUCAGUGGUGAGCAGACAGACAGAGGACAAAGUCACUAUAACAAGAUAAAGCUGUGAAUGAGCCUUUAGUUUGUCUCUUCUCUCUCUGGUGUUAUUUUUUUGUGCAACGUCCAUUUAAAAAAAAGCGUGUCACACGUUUAAAAUCAGCGUUCAUCAGGCAAACACUGAUGUUUAAUGACAUCACUGUGUCUGUACAUCUACGUGUCGUCUUUGUUUCCAGUCACACGUGAGCAAAUUAAACAAUGGUCAACUUUAA